UAGACAGAGGGUCCCAUUUGCUAGACAGUUUACAACAGUCAGGCAAACAGCAAAACACUACAGUCACAUGAGUUAAAGGGCUUAUUCAACUGAAAGUGUCAAGUGAGACAAAGUUGUAAAGGAAUCGUGAAUCACUAUGAAGCUUAGUGUUGCCUUGUUUUUUGCAGGCUUUUUUGGUGCAGUUGGGGCGGUGUUCUUUCUUUUGGCCUUUGGUACGGAUUAUUGGCUGUUGGCUUCAGAAACAUGUUCAGCUGCUGGGAAAAGAAACGAUACUCCCAAUACUGAACCCACUGAGCGUGGCGAUGGAAUGAUUUCUUUGAAAGAAUUUGAUACAACCUUCCACCAUGAGGGAUUUUUCUGGAGAUGUAAAUUCAGUGGGAAGUUUUCCGAAGAUGAUAUAUGGAAGUUCUGGUUUACUAACCAGCCAUCCAGCAAGGUGUGUAUGCAUGCCUACCUCAUGCCAUUCCCAGUGUCACAGCAGACUCACAAUGCCACUUCUUAUGAAAAUGCAAUAAUUUAUCGUGGAUUCUGGAGUAUCUUCAUGCUCAUUGGUGUGACAUCCAUAGUGUUAGCAGGCUUCUUUAUCAUCUGCGGAGCUCCCUUUUCUAGUCAUAUAUUGUAUAAGGCUGGAGGUGGACUUUUUCUAGCUGCCGGUAUCUUCUUCACCACAGUGGUUGUCAUGUAUGUCAUCUGGGUUCAGGUACUGGAUGGUCUUACUUUGUACAUCAAACACCAGAAAGAAUCAUUAUGCGAAGAUUUCCAAAUUAUCGUCAGAUAUGGAUGGUCCUUCAUGGUCGCACCUGUAGGAAUAUUCUUCUCUUUGUUGGCUGGAUUGCUUUUUCUUUUAAUUGGUCGUACGGUUCAACUUCAUAGCACUUAAGUCAGGUUGCUUCGUGAACUUUGAACAGGUAACCACAGGGAUUUUUUGUUACUUAAUAUAAUGCAACAUGAUGAAUGCACAAUGGUUUUAUCAGACCACUAUUUCAUAUAAUAUACAAUAUUCCUUCAGUUGUUUUAGCAUCUAUUGAUAAUAUCUGUAUUAAAUAAUCUUCACAUUAAUUAAUAUUUCAUUAUCUUGGUAAAGUGCCAUUAAAUGUAUUAAGUGAAAAUUACAGCGUGCAAUGUUGUGCACUUGAAUUUAAACAUUUAACCAUGAUAAAUAUGUAUCAUUACUCCUUUCAUGUUUUUAUUGCUCUAAUAUAACAAUUAAAGUUGUUGAUUUUUAAAUGUAUAUUUAAAGGCUCGUUAUCACUUCCUUUGUUAUUUCAGUAUAACAGAUUUGAUUACUUUUUUGCUCUUUUGUUUUAUUUUUCAACUAAUUUAAAUUUAUCAUUAUACAGGACUCCUCUCUAAAGCCAAGCUUGGAGCACUUAUAUACAUUUACAGUUAUAAACUAGUACCAAAAUAGUGCAAGACCAUACACUAUUUACAUACAGAAGCUAUUGCCUAUUGGCAUUAGAGGAAAGAGUAAAAGUUAAACCUCUAGUUUACAAAAAGAAACUUGCUGGGCUCUACAGACCUUUGGAAUAAACAAAGAUAAAACAAUACUGACCAAGACUCUACAUACUGCAGGGAAUCCUGAAGUAUUAUAUAGCACACGAUAAUUCUUAGAAAUAUGGCAUUACUACACAAGUUUCUCUGAGGCUAUUGAUGCCAAAAUGUCUCAGUCACUCUGACCUUUCUGUGCAAAAGGGUUAAAAGUUAAAAGGGUUUUUAUUUUUUGUACAUUGAAUAUUUGACAUUUGAUGAAUUAAAACUAGCAUGAAGGACUUUGACAGACAGAAAUAAUUUCACUGUAUGCUCUUAUUUGUGCAGCAUUGAACUGCCAACAAAAGUGCCAUCAGUCUAAAUUAUUAAAAAGCAAAUUGCUCAUACUGGAAGGAAAUCUACCAUCCCAGUGUGGAAAGCUUUAAUAAUGCCUUGGCCAGUGCCCUUGGUAUUUUUUGCAAUAUUUCAAAAGAAGCACAGUUUUAAUUAAUGUACCACACUCUCUCUUACCCAACACACACACUCACACACACACUCACUCACUUGCAAGCAAUUCAUUGUAACAUAACAGGAUUAACUGUUUCAAUGUAAAUGAAACUUACUUUCUUUAUAAUCAACCAAUCAUAAUUAUGCUGCCCUCCCACCUUCCGAAAAACAGUAGAUUAGGUUAAUUUGCUCUGCAUGGUUGUGUGAGGGGGCCCUGCAAUGCACUGGAGCCAUGUCCAGGUUGGUUCUUGCCUGGCACUUAGUGCUACUGGACUAGACUCUGGUACCCCGGAACGGUACUGAAUGCAUUUGAAAAGGCUAUGGGUUGGAAUGUUGAAAUAACUUUAAUUUAUAUAAUGAUUUUUCUAUGUUCAGUGUUUUCAUUAAUAGGUACCUGUGCUAACUAUCCUUCCAUUUUCUGAACUUGCUGGAGUAUUUUAUGGAGCUCAAGCCUAGAAAACAAGUGUGGAAUGCAGGGCACACUCAUAAAGACACUCAGCCCUGAUGAAUUCAGCUUCACCAAUUAGUGUGAUAUGCACUUCUUUUGGAUGUGGGAGGAAAGUGGGGUGACCUGUGAAAAUCUCUGCAGAGACAAAGAACAUUUAAUCUCCACACAAAUGUCCAACUUAAUUUCAAAUUCUGAUCACUUGGACUGUGAUGAAGCAGGAAAUACCAUACUACCAUCAUUAAUAUUUUGUAUGUUUAAUUUAUUGAUUAAAGUAUUUGAUUCCAGAAAUAAAACAGGCAGUGUACUUUGUGUGCUGUGGGCCUUAAAUAGUUAAAGUGCAUAAAUGUAUUUUAUAAUUCUGCUUAACAAUAUUUGUGCUUUCAGGCUUGAACAUUUUAUAUGUAUCUGCAUGUGGUUACUCCAAAUAUUGCAGCAUGGUGGUAUACUAUGACAAUUAAUGUUGCCUCCUGCCAUUUUCUUUUUGUCUGCAUGAGUUUUUCUAGCAUCUCUGCUUUCCUCCAACAACUCAAAGACAUUUUGCUGGCUUAUUUUACGACUUUAAAUUAGAAUGAGUGAAAAUGAAUGCAGGCAUAAAUGUGCACUGCAGUGAGGAGAUAUUUAGUGCCUUGUGCUCAAAACUGCCAGGAUUGGCUCUCUAUAAUCAUGAAAUGUGAUUUCAGAAAAUAAAUGAAUCAGUGCAAUGAAUGCAAGAGAGAAAUACCAUAUACAAAAACAUAUUUAUUUUGGCGUUAAAAUAUGAGUAUUAGAGAUAAAGACAUAAUGUGAAAAUAAAGUGAACAUAUGCCAAAAUUUAUGGUAUAAGGAAAAACAACUAUUUGUUGAGGUAAAUUGUAUUGUGUUUAUUAAAGAGUUGUCAUCUUCAAUUUGUUAUUUCCUUAUUGCUUCUGUUUAUUUACUUUUGCAGAUUAAUAAAAAUGUUUUAUCACUAUAUAAACUGCUAUUUGACUUGUUUGAGAAACUACUGCAGCAUUACUUGGAGAAGGCUGAUGUUUAAUACAUUUCUGGGAUGUAAAAAUGUUUUUAAAUGAAAAAAUAAAGACAAAUGCUUAUGGCUA